AUGACGGAGGCCGAGAAUAUAAAGGUGGAGAAGCCCGACUUCGACGCGUACAAUGAGAAGUUGGGCAACAUUUCGGAGUCUAUUGACCAAGUGAAGAAGAAAAUUGAAAACCUGCAGAAGGAAAUAAAAGUGGCGAACAAGGGCAAAGAAGACUUCAAUAAGAAGAAGAAAGACAUCGUGACUAGAAUCGACGCAGUACAGCAAGAAAUAGACAAGCUUGAAAAUGAAAGGAGAAAAAUACUGGACGAAAUGGAGAAAAAGCAACAGCACAAGAAGGAACUCAAGGUGAAUGCACAGAACAUGAAGAAGCAAAUAGGUUUCCAUAACGAAGAAGACAUAGAGAAAAAAAUCCAAGAAAUAGAAAACAAACUAAUGACAUCAACCAUCUCGAUUAAGGAGGAGAAGCUUCUCAUCAAUCAGAUCCAAGCGCUGAACAAGAACAAGCCACUACUCUCCUCUUACAGUAAAAUGGAAAAUGAAGCUAGCAAGUAUGAUGACGAAACGAUUGUUCCACUUAAAACACGCAUGGAUUCUAUUCGAGAACAAAUUAACAAUCUCAGGAAUGAAAAAAAAAACGAAAGAAACAAAUUGAAGGAGUUGCAAAAUAGCUACCAAGAGAAAAAUAACAAACUCAAUGAACUAAAUAACUUAAGAGACAGCUACUCCAAAAAAAUGAAUAGCUAUUUUAUCGAAAGAAGGAACCUGACCGUUGAGAUGGAGGAGAAGAGACAGCAGUAUAGGACUUACAAAAUGAAUUUACUGCAAGCCAAGCAGCAGAAGUUAAAGGAAGAAAGGGAAAGAAAAAAUCUAGAGAUCGAAAAGCAGUCUCUAGAGAAAGAACUGGAAGACAUAGACCUCUUACCUUAUAGGGAAGAGCUAGCCUUAAUUGAGAAUAUGCUCGUGUACUUAAAGAAGAUACAGGAAGAAACGAAGCUGGAAGAGGCAAAGAAGCAGCAGAGCAACUCGGCUGCAAAGAAGGUCAAUGGAGAUGUGGUCGACGCGGAAAACAACAAACAGCAAGUCGACGACGCGGCUGCGAAAGGGAAAAAUGAUGGAAAGAAAACCAAAGGCAAGAAGGACAAGCAGAAGAUUUUCAAACUAGAUAUGAAUAUCCUCUGCUACUUCGUCACUGCGGGUAUAAGCCCCCCCGUCAGCUUUGACGAGGUUGAUUCGUGUAUCAGCAAGUUGCUAGAGAAGAGGGAGUUUUACGAGACCAAGCGGGACGAGAGCGUCAGGAAUGUGGAGAGCAGGAGGGCGGACCUCACCGGCAAGAUUAAGGAAAUCGAGGACAAAUUGACGGCCUUCAAGCCCAGCGACCAGCAGAGAACCCCGAAACUGAAUAAAGCCAAGGCCUGA